UGAGCCUCCUCCACAACGUCAACAUCUAUCUCGAUGGUCCAGUUCCACCUCUCUCUAAGCAUAUCGUCCUCUGCCCCACGUACUAGUGCUAUACAAUCUGGACGCUUCCGUUGUUGCUAGAUGUCGGUUGAUACCCGCUACUCAGCAGCACGAGGGAGACAGCGAGCAGAUACCCACGGCAGAUUUUCUCCGCAGCCCUAUAGAAGGACUGGUGUCACUGAAGUUUCCCUCGGUCAACAGCAACCAUGAAAAGGAAACUGCAAGCCCAAACCAAGACUUUAUCUCACCGAAAGCGGAGAAAACAGGGUUCGACCUUCUCUCACCAUCGAUAUAUAUACGACGCCGCUCAGCUCGUCCUCUUUCUCACCAGUCCGAUCGAGUCCAGCGACAAUAAGGAGGAGGCCUCCACUCCGCAAUACGUGCAACCGUUCGACGACAAGAAGGACACCUACCGCCUGGUGACCGCUUACGGCGAUCAAUGGGGCAAUCGGACGUUCGUCAGGGUUGCUCAGAACGUCAAGACGGGAGAUAUUUGGGUUUGUUUUCGCCCGACCAUACUGGGCGAUCUGAACCCGACAUCCUUGAUAUCGGAGAAGGGAGUUCUCGUCCGCCUAAGAAAUCUUCUGGAUAUUGCCCAUGCUGUUAAUAUUGCGGAAGUAGGACCUGAUGGUCUUUCAUCUGGUAUCAAAGGGCUUUUGGAAGAACCCAUGGAGAACACUGACGGGCAACCGCUACUACGCUGUCUCGAACGGGACGUUAAAAAGUGGAACGCGGAAUUGCGAGGCGGCGCCAAGAUUUUGUUUACCGGUUACAGUCUGGGCUCCGCCCAGGCAUUGUGCGCUGCCGCCGCUAUCGCUACACCAGUACAUUGCGUGCAGCUGGCGGGGCCGCGAGUAGUGCGCAGGGAGGGAGUGGAAAAGAUAGCGGGGCGUCUUGCCUCGUGCACCUAUGUGGGGUUGGUGGGGGAUCCCGUCUCACAAAUGCCAUUUUCUGGAGAGGAUUUUGAGAUUGUAGGAGAGCAGAUCUGGGUUGAUACGUCUAGGUGGCGGCUGACUGCGAAACCCGCCGAGAGCAUGUGCCCUAGAAGAAUGCUCAACUUUCUGGUGGGCGUGUACAUGGGGUUGACGUUAAACUUGCGACGUGGGAUAGGGGAGUGUGCUAGGGCCUUCUUGGAUGUGCAUUUGGAGGCGGAAGUAGACCUUUAUCGUAUUUUAAAAGGCGUAUUAGGUUAAUAUGACAGACGAAAACUUGUUCCUGAAGGAACUUGAGGAUGAAAACGGUUCGGAGACACCAUCCGUUUCUCUCCGCGAACACCUCUUGCUGUGCCACCUUGUCUUUCACAGACUGCGUCAGGAUGGACGUCUUUCGACGAAUACAAGAG